CUGGCUGCUUCGCAACAGUAGAAAGCAUCUCGUGGCACGGAAGAUGUCGCGCCAGCCACGCCAGAAAAAGGAUGAAGCUGCCUCCGCUUCCGGGAAAAAGUCUAUGUUCCAUCGAGUGCGCCAAGCUCAAAUCACGGGUCGCGUGACGACAUGGAGAGCUCUUCCAUCAGGGUCCAUGGGGUCCGGUCUCCGUGGCAUGCCCCUGCUUGUCCACCCCAACAUUGACUCGCUUCUUCCAGUGCUGGGGGCACAUCCAAAGCGGUUGCUGAAGCAGAUGAACCAUAUUGACGCACUUCUCAAUGCUCGUAAGCUCUCGGACGUUGUGGUGCCCCUGCAGACCCUCAGUCGCUCCAUCGUCCCGCCGUCGGGGGUGCCUACGCGAAAGGAAGAUCGAGACAAUUUCAUUCAAAUGGGCGGCCCCGAGUUGCUCCAACGGAUCUUGUUUGCAAUUCUUCGAGACCGAACCAUGGAACUCUUUCCCGGCGCGCGUGCCCCUGCAAUGUCGUCUCGGCCAUUGCACUACUCGUACCGAGAGGAAUCUGCUCGGCGGCGCAGUCGGAUGGCUGGUUCGGACGUGCCGACGCAAGACAAGCUGACGGCACUGGCGGAAGCGCUCAACUUUCUCCGGGAACUGUGCUUCGUGGCGCCAAGUCUGGCGGAGGAGCUGGGGCAGAACGACAAACUGACGAUCGUACUAUUCCAGCUCAUGGGAAACACCAUCUUCUUUGAGCACGCGGCGGGGCUGGUCGAGGAGAUCCUGAGCGUUCGAGACGUCUCGUUCGACUUGAGUCUUGUUCCGGACUUCCACGCGACGAUCCAGACGUUUUCUUCCCGGCAAUUGGCGUUCUUCUGCCGCAUCUUGGCGCUGGUUGUGUUUGAGCCCGAGGACCGCCGGUUGCUUGAGAAUUCGCGCGUGAUCAAGUCGGUCGAGUUGCUCCGGCUGCGCCGAGAACGCAUGCAUAAAGCAGACAACACGGUCGACCGCAACCACGCCCUCCUCUUCCGCGCACCGGCCGUCCUGAACCGCCUCAUGCUCGUGCUCCAGCUCCAGAACUAUUUUUUUGCCAUCAACCCUGCGUACGAUCCGUACUCGCAGGAGAUUCAGUCGUCGACAGAGUGGGCGAUGCUCUUUUCCCUCGAACAGCAGGAGGAAUGGGAGAUGCUGAGCAGUCCAACCGUCGCCACCGUACUCCGAGAAGCCAUGGAGAACGCGGACGCCCCUGAAAAUGCCACGUCGUCCGCCGAUCAAAGCCUGUUCAACCUGAGCUCUACAUACUUUCGAUCUUUAAUGUCGCGGCAGCGGCUCCAGCACCAACGGUCCGUGGCGGCGCUGAACCGGAGCGAUGUCGAGGCGGAGCUGCUGGUGAAAAGCAUCGCGCUUGCGCCGUUCCGUGUUGAAGUGCUGUUUGUCAUCUGCACCCUCUUGAGCUCGAAGCGAAAGGUCGACUUCCAGGACACGCUGGCCGAGAUGGGGCUCGUGGACAUUUUGAACCAAAUGUUUUUGCGGCUCAAGUGGAACGAGCCGCCGCCGACACCGCCGUCGCAACCGCUGCAUGGCCCAGGGUGCGAGUGCAGCAUGGAUGCCAGUUUGAAGAUUCAAUUUCUGCGGCUGAUUCACAACUUUUGCGACCGCGACGUCCAAGACCACUCGAACAAGUUGCUGUUGCUGUCUCCCGACGAACGACGCAGUGUGCAGACGGGCGACCGGUUGGACCCCGCGCGACUUGACAAAGGGCUGCUGUGCAAAAUCAUCGACGUGCUCGUCGUCCAGCCCGCCGACAGCAUCUACCGCUUUUGGCUCGCAUCGUGUGUCGAGUCGUUUCUGCGGCGGUCGUCGCCGGCAGAGCAAUUGUUUGUCGCGCGCUCGCCGUUGUUGGCAGCAUUGCUCAAGGAAAUUUUGAGUUGCGGGUUCAAACCGUCGGGCAGUUUGCAGUCGGCGUUUGACUUGCUCGGGGAAAUGACCAAGAACAACCCAACGACCCUCGUCAUCUUGUGCGACUCGAUGGACGACUAUCAGUUCGCCUCGUUCAUGCAGGUUGUUGUAGCCAACCUGGUCGACUCGAAUGUUUUCGUGCGCUCCGUCCUGCUGUCGGUCGAGAACCAUCCCCGUACGAUGGAGCUGUACCCGUCGCUGUCGCGCGUGUUUGAGUUUUUACGCAUGAAUACGGUCCGUCUCUUGCGCAAUUUGAUGUCGAUUAUCACGAUGGACGACAUCAACCACGAAAACAUUUGCUGUCUCAACACGGCCGUCGUCAUGCUCGUUUUUGAGUUUCGCAAGCAUCGGUUGCCACGCAUGCUCGAGGCGCUGCGGCAACAAGAAGCCGAAGUCGGCGACUCGGCCGUGAAUUUGUGCCUGAACUUUCGCACGCUCCUUUGGUUUUGGAUCCAGUACUACAUUCCCCGCGGCCGCGACCGACUCAGCCUCGAGCACUCGUCCGACAUGAAGUUUAAGGAAUGGUACCAUGUCGUCGCUCUCCUCUGCGCUGACGAUGGCUCUCCGUCGGCGCUCCUGCCCGCGCCGACAUUGCUACCGGCGACGCCAUAUCUUGUCCACCACAUGACCAACCAACCGACGACGUGUCCACCGCAGCGGUCUCGGCCCAUGUAAUGCCUUGAAUCAACUAUCGCUCGUGGAAUCGAGCCGUGUCUGGAAUGUCC